AUGUUAUAAAAACUCAUAAGAUAUUAUUAAUCCUAUUAUCAUGGGGUUUCCAGUGUUCCCCUAACUUAUAAGACAAUUGGGUAACAACUUCAAGAUAUCACUGAGAAAUACCCUGACAACAAAGCUGUAAGUACUUAGAUUAUCAUAGAUCAUUUCUCAAUUACAAGGAAUAGAGAUGAAAUACUCUGAAUUAUAUACAAGGAGCAAAGAACUUGCAGCUGCAUUCAUAGCUUUAGGAUUAGAAAAAGGAGAUAGAAUUGGGAUUUGGUCACCAAACAAUGUGGAGUGGGCGUUGACGUAAUUCGCUGCUGCUAUGGCCGAUCUAAUUUUAGUCAAUAUUAAUCCCGCAUACCAAACUUCAGAAUUAGAAUAUACACUUAAUAAAGUUGGUUGUAAAGCUUUAAUCAUGAAAUCCUCAUUCAAGCACUCGAACUAUGUUGCCAUGCUAAAGGAAUUGGCACCAGAAUUGGAUACUCCUGGACAUCUUUAAUCAAAGAGACUACCCUAUUUAAAAUGUAUCUAAAAAAUUAUUAUAAAAAUUAGCUGCUAUAAUUAUAGAUAACAUUCACAAACACGGUUUUUACAACUUCAAAGAUAUAUUUUCUCUAAGCAAUGCAGAUCACCUUCAUGAAGUCGACAUUCGAAUGGAAAAAUAAGAUCCAGAUGAUAUAACGAAUAUUUAAUUUACAUCUGGAACAACAGGGUAACCAAAGGGAGCAUCUUUAAGUCACAUCAACAUUCUAAACAAUGGUAAAUAUGUUGGAGGAAGAAUAAACUACACUGAAAAAGACGUUGUGGCUAUUGCAGUUCCAUUAUAUCACUGUUUUGGAAUGGUACUUGGAAAUUUAGCCUGUAUAAAUUAUGGUUCAACCAUGGUCUAUCCUAGUGAUGGGUUUAGUGCCGCUGCAACUUUGGAGGCUGUAACUAAUUAUAAAUGCACAUCGAUUUAUGGAGUUCCUACAAUGGUUUUUAAUUAUUUAAUAUUUUUAGUUUAUUGAAUAUAUAAACGAGUAUGAGAGGCAUAAUCACAAAUACGAUGUAUCAACUUUGAGAACUGGAUUAAUUGCUGGAUCUUUGGCUUCUGAAGCACUCAUGAAAUAGAUUAUUAAUGUCUUAGGAGUUAAGGACAUUUCAAAUUGUUAUGGCUAAACAGAAUGCAGUCCUAUCACAUGCUAAAAUAAACCAACAGAUUCAUUUGAAAUAAAGACAACCAAAGUAGGAUGUCCACUAAAUGCAGAAGUGAAAAUAGUUGAUUCAAAUGGAAAUGUAGUUCCAUAUGAUACACCAGGAGAGUACUGUGCUAGAGGUUACAGCGUUAUGAAAAAAUAUUGGGAAGAUGAAAAGGCAACUAGAGAGACAAUUGAUAAAAAUGGAUUCCUGCAUAGUGGUGAUAUUGCUACAAUGGACAAAGAUGGAUAUAUAGCUAUUGUAGGAAGGAACAAAGAUAUGAUAAUUAGGGGUGGAGAAAACAUUUAUCCAAAAGAAAUAGAAGAAUAUUUGUCUCAUAUGAAUGGUGUAGAAUAAGUUUAAGUAAUUGGAUGCAAUGAUGAAAAAUAUGGCGAAGAGGUUGUUGCAUUAAUAAAAAUGAAGAAAAACGCAGAAGAUAUAUCAGGACUCGAUGUCUAUCAAUAUUGUCAUAAGAAGAUAGCCUAUUACAAAAUUCCAAAAUUCGUUAAGUUUGUCAAUGAGUUUCCUUAAACAAUCACAGGAAAACCGUAAAAAUUUAAGAUGAGAUAGGAAAUAAAUAAGGAAUUAGAAGACCCUAAAUAUGUAGAACUUUAUUAGAUCAGAUGA